CGCACUCGGUUCAAGUCAGACGAUAGCGCACGACCGGCUCACGACUGUGUCGUUUUUUAUCUUUCUCUAGCAAGCGUAAGAAUACAUUGGUUCACAGAGGACAGAAGAGGAAAAAGGAGACGAAGAAUCAGAAGAAGAACAACAAGAACAAGCGGAGGCUUCUGUGCGCUCGAUCACGGGAGCGUGCAAGACAACGAAAACGUUUGGGUGCACUCGGGUCUAGCGUUAACAACACUCACUCUCUCUAUCGAUUUAACGUUUUUCAAAAUUACCAACUAUGUGGAUUGACGCGUGGAAAUAUCGGUAACAAACUGAGACAUUAAUUUUACACAGAGGUGAGUGCUGGAGAUACCGAUAUUUACCAGGCAUCUCGAGAGAACUUAAAAUGUGCCUAAGGAGAGAUGUCAUCUCGUCCUGCAGCAUCAUCAAACGAUAUCUUCUAACACCGGUUACCUGUGUGCUUCUACUCCUCAUUGUUAUUUCAUCUUCUCAACCUUCUCAUGCUGUGGUGUGUAAAUCAUAUGCAUGUAAUUGUACGGGAAUCAAAGGAACCCCAGGAUUUCCUGGAAUAGCAGGGCCUCAGGGUCCGGAAGGAAUUCCUGGGGACAUUGGUCCAGACGGGCCACCAGGACCGAAAGGGGAAAAAGGAGACGAAGGAGAGUAUGGAGGAACUGGAGAAAAAGGAUAUCGAGGAGAUGAUGGAAUACAAGGGUUUCAAGGAGAACCAGGUCUAUCAGGUCAUCCAGGUAUUGCUGGAGUUCGAGGACCAGAUGGACUAGAUGGUUGUAAUGGAACUGAUGGACGAGCUGGUGUACCAGGUAUACCAGGAGCUUAUGGACCAAGAGGUUUUCCUGGACCUGAUGGAGAUCCAGGUCCUACUGGAGAACCUGGAGAUGGUGGAAUCAAUUCUGUUGGUGCAAAAGGUGACCGUGGUGAACCAGGAGUUGAUGGUCUUGAGGGAUACACAGGAAGCUAUGGAAUUCCUGGAGAUAUGGGAUAUCCUGGUGAGACAGGAGACAUGGGAUUUACUGGUCCACGUGGUCUACCAGGACCUCGUGGAGAUCAAGGUGAAACAGUUUAUGGUGUAAAAGGUCAGAUUGGUGAGCCAGGAGAUCGAGGAGAACCCGGUCCCUACAUUCCUGAAUGGAGAAAAAAAGACGAUACGAUUCCUGUGAAAGGUCCACAAGGACCGAAAGGUAUUCGCGGUGACUGGGGAGAUCGCGGAAGGAAAGGUGAACUUGGGGAUAAAGGACCGAUGGGACGACCUGGAUAUGCGGGAGUAAAAGGUAUAAAAGGAGAACAAGGAGAUGAUGGUCCAAGAGGAAAACAGGGUGUUCAAGGUCCUCCCGGAGCUGCUGGUGAAAAAGGAGAAAAAGGAGCGCCUGGAUAUGCAGGAAGUCCUGGAGAAGAUGGAUGGGAUGGAGAACCAGGAGAACUUGGAAAUCAAGGACCUCCGGGGAAACAAGGAGCCCCAGGAGAAAAGGGUGCAUAUAUCCCUGAACUCGAUGAAAUCAUUGCUGGUUCAAUAGGUCCUCAAGGAGAUUUAGGUCCACCUGGUGAACCUGGUAGAGCCGGAACUCCUGGAAAGCCUGGAUUAGUGGGUUAUAUCGGACCACCUGGACCUCCUGGACCACGAGGUCCUCCUGGUACUCCAGGGCUUAAAGGAUCAUCUGUGAAGGGAGAACAAGGAGAUGACGGUCUGCCUGGAAAUUUGGGUCCUCAGGGCCCUCCUGGAAGACCUGGUUUACCUGGUUUGCCAGGAGCGAAAGGAUUCCCAGGUAUUACCAUUAUUGGACCUCAAGGACCUGAUGGAUAUCCGGGAAUAGAUGCUACACCGGGUCUACCAGGAGAUCGUGGAGAUCCUGGUCCCCCAGGUGAAAAAGGUUUUCCUGGUAAAGGAGUAAGGAUUCAAGGACCUCGAGGUGAAGAUGGUUUACCGGGUACUCCUGGUCAACCUGGACCUGAUGCCUGGCCUGGUUUCCCAGGUGCAAAGGGUGUAAAAGGACAACGCGGUGAUGAUUGUGGAGUAUGCUCACCAGGUUUACCGGGAGAAAAAGGUGAACCAGGUGAUUCUGGUUUAAACGGAUAUCCUGGAGCUCCAGGAUUCCCUGGUUUACCAGGACCACGAGGAUUUAAGGGACAACAUGGAAGACCUGGUACUGUAGGUCCAAUGGGUCUAGAAGGAGACAGUGGACGUCCAGGAAUUGCGGGACCACAAGGACCAAAAGGAGAAGUUGGUCAAAUUAUUUGGCCGCCGAAAGAAAAAAUUUUUAUUCCUCCUGGUGAUAUUGGAGAUAAAGGAUACCCAGGAUUUGAAGGUCUUCGAGGAAUACGUGGACCACCAGGAGAAAUCGGUGAUCCAGGACCUGGAGGACCUAAAGGAGACAAAGGUGAAUUUGGAUUACCUGGACCUCCAGGAAGAGAUGGUCGACCAGGAUUCAAUGGUUUACCUGGAGAAAAAGGAGAAGAUGCCGAUGUACCAGUUGAAUUUCUUCGUGGAGAUCCUGGAUUAGAUGGUAUACCAGGCCCUAAAGGUGUACGAGGAGAAACAGGUUUACCUGGAGAACAAGGAGAAUCUGCUGAAUACGAUAUUAAUCUUAAAGGUGAUAAAGGAUUCAAAGGAGAACGAGGAGAUCCUGGCUAUGAUGGACUCAAAGGCUGGCCUGGUCCUACUGGAGAUGAAGGUUGGCCUGGUGCUCCAGGGCUACAAGGCUCUCCUGGUAUAUCUUUACAAGGUGCACCAGGAUUGAAAGGAUAUGCUGGAAUACCUGGUGAUCAAGGGCCUCGUGGUUCUGCCGGAAAACCAGGACCUACAGGUCCACCAGGCUUUGCUGGUGCCCCAGGCACAAAAGGAGAUCGAGGAGAUAUGGGAACGAAUCUAUUAUACGGAGAAAUCGGAGAGCGUGGUAGAAAAGGUGAAAAAGGUGACUACGGAGAAGAAGGACCUCAAGGACGUAGAGGAAAUCCUGGUGAUGGUGGUCCCAAGGGAAAUAAAGGAGCUAAAGGCGCACCUGGUUUUGAAGGACUUCCGGGACUUGAAGGUGCAAAAGGAGUUCGAGGUGAUUCCAUUCAAGGACCUCGUGGCUAUCCCGGAAGUCCAGGUCUUCCUGGAAGUCCUGGAAUGCUUGGUAAUAUUGGACUUAGUGGUGCUGAUGGACCUCCUGGAUAUGAAGGAAUGAAAGGAUUGAAAGGAGAAAUUGGAAAUAUUGGUCGUCGAGGUGAAGAUGGUGAUAUUGGACCUCAAGGGUACCCUGGAAUGUUUGGAAUGCCUGGACUGCCAGGGCGUCCCGGUGAAGAAGGUGAUGACGGAGAAAUUGGUGAACCUGGUCCACCUGGUUGGCCAGGAUUAGAUGGUAUUCCUGGACUACCAGGUUUUAAAGGAGAAAGAGGAGAUAUUGGAUUUCCAGGCGUAUCAGGUCCUGUUGGACCUCCAGGAUUACCUGGAAUAGCAGGAGACGUCGGUUACGAUGGAUUACCAGGAGAACCGGGUGAAAAUGCUUUUAGUGGUCCUCAAGGAGAUAUGGGAGAACCUGGAUUUAUGGGAGAAGUAGGAAUACCAGGAAGACCAGGUUUUGAUGGACGACCUGGACUUCCUGGAGAGCCUGGAUUAGAUUCUACUGGAUUUGAUGGCUUAACUGGGCCAAAAGGUGAACCUGGUUGGAAUGGAAUCGAUGGAAGACCAGGUCCAAAGGGAGAAAUAGGAGAUAUCGGACCUGAUGGAUUUAAAGGGGAACGAGGUGAUGAUGGUGCUCCUGGUAGAUCAGGUGCUCCGGGUAUACCUGGAAGAACAGGAGAAAAAGGAGAGCGAGGGCAAAUGGGUGUAGCUGGCUUUGAUGGGCUUAAAGGAAAACGUGGAUUUGAUGGAGACCCAGGAUCCAUGGGUCGACCAGGUAAUCCGGGAGAUCCAGGUCCACGUGGAUUCCCUGGUCUUCCUGGACUUCAUGGGCCUAAAGGAGAAGUGGGUGACAUUGGAUUAACUCCGUACGCUGAAGCUACUAAAGGGGAAGUUGGUGAUAUUGGUUUUCAUGGAUUACGUGGAAGAAAAGGAGAACAAGGUGAUAUGGGAUCACCUGGUUAUCCAGGUCGUAAGGGAGUUCGUGGUGAUGAUGGAUAUCCUGGCCCCGAUGGAUUUCCUGGAUUGGAAGGAUUACCAGGGUUGCCUGGUGACCGGGGAUUGCCUGGGGCUCCAGGUUUACCAGGACAAUUUGCUGAACGUGGAGAACCAGGUAUGGCAGGUCUUGAUGGACAACCAGGAAUUCCAGGACGACCAGGACAAAAAGGAGCACCUGGUGAAUAUGGUCCUGAUGGACCAAAAGGUAUUCAAGGCGAUGCAGGCAGAAGUAUUCCUGGACCAAAAGGUGAAAAAGGAAAUUUAGGACCACGUGGAUUUGAAGGUCGUCCAGGAGCACCAGGUUUACCUGGCUUACCAGGGUUCCCUGGACCUGAUGGUCCAAAAGGUUUUAGAGGAGAAAUAGGUUAUGCACGUUAUGCUCCGAAAGGUGAACAAGGAGAUAUUGGUUACCCUGGACGUGAUGGUCGACAUGGAGCUAAAGGAGAAAUUGGUGAUUCUGGAAGACCAGGAUUACCUGGAUACCCUGGCUUAAAGGGAGAGAGAGGAAUUCCAGGAGAACCAGGGUUACCUGGAGUACAAGGACCUGAAGGACCUCAAGGACCUAAAGGAGAUCCAGGAAUCAAUCCUUACCCACCAUUCCCGCGAAAAGGACCCAUUGGUGAUCCUGGUCUACCCGGUUUACCAGGAUACCCUGGAACACCAGGAGUCAUGGGAAUGCCAGGUUUAGAUGGAUUACCUGGUCUUGAAGGAGAAAGAGGAGAAAAUGGUUUACCAGGACUUCCAGGUCCUGAUGGACAAGAUGGUUUACCUGGACGUCAAGGAGCACGUGGAGAAAUAGGUCGCCAGGGAGCACCAGGGUAUGCUGGAAUAAGAGGAGAUGAUGCUUUACCUGCUCCACCUCCAAGAAGUCGUGGUUUCCACUUUGCCAGACAUUCACAAACAGAAAUGAUUCCACUCUGCCCACGAGGGACAACCAAAUUAUGGGAUGGAUUCUCCCUGUUGCACAUUAUGGGUAAUGGUCAUCCUUGGGGACAAGAUUUAGGUUCCCCGGGCAGUUGUGUCAUGAAAUUCUCUACAAUGCCUUUCCUAUUCUGCAAUUUAAAUAAUGUUUGCGAUUACGCUCAACGUAACGAUUAUAGCUAUUGGCUAAGUUCAACAGAGCCAAUGCCAAUGAUGAUGACUCCGAUUCCUGCACCCGAAGCUGGAAGAUAUAUAUCUAGAUGUUCAGUUUGUGAAGCUUCAACUAGAAUGAUUGCAGUACACAGUCAAUCCAUGACAAUACCUGAGUGUCCUGGAGGCUGGGAUGAAGCGUGGAUUGGUUACAGUUUUCUAAUGCAUCGUGAUUCUGGAUCAGCUGGUGGUGGACAAUCAUUAAUUUCUCCAGGAUCAUGUCUUGAAGAAUUCCGUACUCGACCAUUUAUUGAAUGCCGUGGUUUGGGUACUUGUAAUUACUUCUCAACUGCAAUAUCUUACUGGCUAGCAACAAUCGAGAAUCAUGAGAUGUUUAGAAAACCUCAACAACAGACUCUUAAGGCCGAUCAUACAUCGAGAGUUAGUAGAUGUGCUGUCUGUAUUCGACGGCAAAUCACAGAAAACAAUAAUAGUAGACUUAGACCAUUCACAUCACAUGGAACAAGUCAUGUACCUCCACCGGAACGUGAGAGGUAUCCACCGACGAUAAAUAAUUCUCAGCCAAUUCAACGUACACCACCUGAUUGGCAGCAACGCCGACGACAACCGAUAAGAGAUAGUAGAAUUACCUCAGGUCGUGUUCCUCCUCAAUACCGUAGGAGAGGUCGAAUACGUAAGCCAGAACAAUCAAAUGAAGUCAUAUAUUAACGUAAUACUAGAUUUAACGCAUUUAAAAAUAAAUUGAAUAAAUAUGUUAAUUAAUUAUUAACUAUCUAUGUAUAUAUAAUUAAAAUUUUUAUAAUAACUAAUAUUCACGAAUAAUUUUUAUGAAUCUAUCAACAUUAAAUGUCACAUUGUGACACAUAAUUCAUGCGUUAACUUCUAGAAUUUAUAUAUAUAAUAUAAGUCAUAGAAAGUAAACCUAAAUGCUAUUUUAAAAUACUAAAUAUUUGUUUUUUAUUCAAUUAAAAUACUGCCAA